AUGUUUGUGCUUCCGCAGUCUCAAACCAAUACAUUCAAGCUACAAUUCACAAAGAGGAUUAUAAGGAAUGGGUUCUCAAUGCAGUCUAUGCCAACCCUAACCCAUUAUCCAGAGACACUUUGGAAAGACCUUGAAGACACGAUUAGUUGUACGAACAAACCAUGGCUAGUUCUGGGAGAUUUUAAUGAUUAUGCCAACCAGAAUGAGAGAAUGAGUUUCUUACCUAUUCAAACCCAGAACCGAACACAAAGAUUCAAUGAAAGAGUCAACAACUGUAAUCUCAUAGACCUAGGAAGUGUAGGCCCUCGAUUUACCUGGACAAAUAACAGACAAGGUAUGGCUAACAUCAUGGAAAGAUUGGAUAGAGCCAUGAGCAAUGAUCAAUGGCAAGCUUUGUUCCCUGAAGCUGCUUGGUUGUGUCACCCCACUUUCUUUGAUGUUGUUCAUAAAUCUUGGCAUGAUAUGGAGUUUAAACUGCUUGAAGCCAUUGAUAACUUCACUAUUAAUGCUAAAACCUGGAACAAAGAAGUUUUUGGCAACAUCUUUAAAAAAAAAGAGAAAUCCCUGGCUCGCAUUGAAGGCAUACAAAAAACCCAAGCCAUCAAUUUUUCGCAUAAUCUUCAUCUUCUUGAGAAAGACCUUAUUAAACAAUUUAACAUGACAUUGUUUCAGGAAGAAAUUUUGCGGUACCAAAAAUCUAAUAAGUGGCUUACCAUGGGUGAUAGCAAUUCAAAAAAAUUUCAUAUCUCCACCCUUACCAAGAGAAGAAAGUCUAAAAUCCAGGUUUUAAAAGAUGAUAAUGGUAAUUGGAUUUCCAGUAGUAAUGAUCUAAAAGCUCAUAUUUUGGAUCACUUCACUAAACUCUUUCAAUACGAAGAAACUCAUCUUUUGGAUAAUUGGGUCAAUAUUGCUAGAACUAGAAUCACUAAAGAAGUUAAUGCUAGUCUCCAAGCCCUUGUGAUUAACAUUGAAAUCUGGGAUGCCAUUUGUAGUAUUAAAGCCUUUAAAGCCCCUGUAAAGGAUGGUCUUCAAGUUGUUUUCUACCAUAACAAUUGGAAUACUAUUGGCAACUCUGUCUGUCAUUUUAUUAAGGACUGUUUCCACAAUAAGACUGUCCUCGCUGAGAUCAAUGAAACCCAAAUUGUUCUAAUCUCUAAACUUCAGAACCCGGAGUCUUUAAAGCAAUUUCGCCUCAUAAGCCUUUGUAAUGUUACCUGUAAAUCUAUUACUAAAAUUAUUGUCAACAGACUUAGACCUCUUCUCUCUAAUCUCAUCAGCCCCAACCAAAGCAGUUUUAUCCCUGGGCGCACCACCACUGAUAAUAUUAUCAUAACCCAAGAGAUUCUCCAUACCAUUAGAGGUAAAAAAGGUAAGGACUAG